ACCGUGAGCCAUUUCGUGCCGAAUCAAUUGUGCUUGUUUUUGUGUUUGUAUUGAGCGAACGAUAAGAUUCCUUGUUUUCAAUGGAGGCUUUCUUCAAUUCCCAAUCGUCUUCGAGAAGCCGCUGGAGUUACGAUACUCUCAAGAAUUUCCGCGAGAUCUCUCCGGUCGUUCAGAAUCACAUCAAACGAGUUUAUUUUACGUUAUGUUGCGCUGUUGUGGCUGCUGCUGUCGGAGCCUUUCUUCAUGUAUUGUGGAACAUUGGGGGUUUUCUCACUACGGUGGGGUCUAUUGGAACCAUGGUUUGGUUGCUAUCGACACCCCCUUUUGAAGAGCAAAAGAGGUUGUCUCUGUUGAUGGCUUCUGCCCUGUUUCAGGGCGCUUCCAUUGGACCUCUGAUUGAUCUGGCGAUAGCCAUUGAUCCUAGCCUUAUCUUUAGUGCUUUCGUGGCGACUUCCUUGGCUUUUGGCUCUUUCUCUGCGGCAGCUUUAGUUGCAAGGCGUAGGGAGUAUAUCUACCUUGGUGGUUUGCUUUCUUCUGGGCUGUCCAUCCUUAUGUGGUUGCACUUUGCUUCCUCUAUCUUCGGGAGCUCAAUAGCGCUCUUUAAGUUUGAGUUGUACUUUGGGCUUUUGGUAUUUGUAGGCUACGUCAUAGUAGAUACCCAAGAAAUUAUUGAGAUGGCUCACUUUGGUGACCUGGAUUAUGUGAAGCAUGCAUUGACACUGUUCACUGAUUUGGCUGCAAUCUUUGUGCGAAUUCUUAUUAUAAUGUUGAAGAAUUCAGGCGAGAGAAACGAGAGGAAGAAGAAAAGGAGAGAUUAAGUGACUGACUGGCUGGGCUUGGACAACUCUACACUGUCUUAGAUCAUGGAGAAACAAAGAAAACAUAGUUGUUUGUAUAGCUUUUGUUGUUACCCAUGUGUAGUUAGUUAGCUAGCCAUGUGUUUACUUCAAUGGUAAAUAAAAUGUCAGGAUAUCUUUUAAACAUCUUAAUUUGUAUCACUAAUAAGCAUAAUCUAUCGUGUAAUAUGAUAUCACUUUUUGUUUAAGCAAUAAGCACUAUGCUGGGUUUCGAAAAA